UCAAAAAAAUACGGUGAAGUUGUCAAAAGUUUAUUUACAGUAUUUCGAACAUACACACGACACAAUAUUAAUUUGAUUUCUCAAUAAAUACUUACUAAAUUCAUCAUGCGUAACGUCGAGAUCAAAGCUAAAGUGCACGACAUCGAUGGCAUCAUAAAAUCUGCAACCGAACUAAGCGGAGGGCCCGGUAGCGUUAUAAAUCAAGACGAUACAUUCUACAAUGUAACGAGCGGCCGUCUCAAAAUGCGGUUCUACGGUGAUUCAGCAGCAACACUGGUCCGCUACGACCGCGAGGACACGGAGGGCCCUAAACUUAGUGAUUACGAAUUACUCCACUUCGCUGCUACUGAAGGGGAGAAAGCAAAAACACUUGAUGAUAUGCUGAAGAAGUGCCUUGGAGUGCGAGGCAGGGUGGUCAAAGAAAGAAAACUCUUUAUGGUGGGCCAGACUCGUGUACACAUAGACACAGUCAAGGGCCUGGGUCACUUCAUGGAGUUAGAAGUGGUGCUGAGGCCAGAGCAAACCGCUGCGGAGGGCGAGGACAUAGCUAGAGACCUACAACUGAAACUGGGAGUGAAAGACCGAGACCUGAUUCAGUGUGCAUAUGUUGAUUUGUUGGAUAAGAAAGGUUAAUUUUGUAUUCAAGUUAUUCUGGUGAAAUGGUAACAGUGUAGGCGGUUGAGGUGUGUUAUUUUGUGAGUAUGAAAAUUAAUAGAAAGUUUAAAAAAAAUACAGAUGAAUAUUCCAAAAA